CAAGACACAGUCGAGAGAGAGCGCGCGCGCGCGCGAGAGAGAGAGAGACAGAAGGGGAAGAGGGGAGGGGGGAAGUAGUAUAAAUUUUGGGCAGGUGUGGCUUCCCCAUUCGGUGGUGGCCUGGCCUCACAAGUCACAGCCAUACAGAGAUCACACGCGCACACAGAGAGAGAGAGAGACCACGCGAGCCAAGCGAGGGUCGAGGGGAGAAGCAAACUAGAAGCUAGUAGCAGCUUAGGCUAGUGCUUAGCUGCUGCUUCUGCUUGCUAGCUCCUCCAAUAUUCUUGGCUAGGCUUCAGCUUCGCUUGCGAGCUCAGACGAGCCGAGCCAGCAGCUAGAUAGCAAGCUCGCGGGCGGCCGCUGCCGCACCGUGCGAGCGAAGCAACCUCGCCCCGCGAUCGCCGAGCUCGAUCGAUCGCCGCGGCGCGCCGGCCGGCCGGCGGCGAGCUGCGAUGGAGGAGCAGCUCGGGCCCGUGGCGGUGACGCACCUGCUGCAGCACACGCUGCGGAGCCUCUGCACCGGCGACGCCCCGCAGUGGGUCUACGCCGUCUUCUGGCGCAUCCUGCCCCGGAACUACCCGCCCCCCAAAUGGGAUCUCCCUGGGGCAGCUUACGACCGGACCCGAGGCAACAGGAGGAACUGGAUCCUGGCGUGGGAGGACGGUUUCUGCAACUUCGCGGCGGCGGCGGCGGCAACCUCUGCCGCGUGCGGCGAAGAGGGGGCAGCGGCGGCGGUGGUUGCGUAUGCCGGGGACUGCGAGGCAGCUGUGGCGCCGCAGGAGGCGGCGAAGCAUCACCAGCAGCAGCAGCCGCAGGGGCUGCAGCCUGAGCUGUUCUUCAAGAUGUCCCAUGACAUCUACAACUACGGCGAAGGGCUGAUAGGGAAAGUGGCGGCAGACCACAGCCACAAGUGGGUGUUCAAGGAGCCCCAGGAGAACGAGAUCAACCUCAUCUCCUCCUGGAGCAACCCUGCGGACUCUCAUCCGAGGACGUGGGAGGCGCAGUUCCAGUCCGGAAUCCAGACCAUCGCCCUGAUCGCUGUCAGGGAGGGCGUCGUGCAGCUCGGCUCCAUGAAAAAGGUGGCGGAGGACCUGAGCAACGUCGUGAUGCUGCGCCGCAAGUUCGGGUACCUGGAGAGCAUCCCGGGGGUGCUGCUGCCGCACCCGUCGUCCGCCGGCGUGUUCCCGGGCGGCGGGUGCGUGGGGCCGCCGCCGGACAUCGCACCCGGGUGGCCGGGCAUGAUGCCGCCGCCCGCGGGGCCGCCGUUGGAGCUCUACGACCCCUACGGCGCCGCGGUGGCCGCCGCCGGGCCGGCCGCCGCGGCCGCGUCCAUGCACAUCAUGCCGUCGAUGAGCAGCCUCGAGGCGCUGCUCUCCAAGCUGCCCUCCGUCGUGCCGGCCCCGCAGAUGACGCAGCCGCCAGCCGGACCCGCGCCCGGCGUCGCGCCGACGCCGGCCAACAAGGAGGAGGAGCCCGACGACUACGUGCAGUGCCACGGCGGCAUGGACGUGGCGAGCAACGGCGCCGCCGGCGGCGAGAGCCCGAGCACGAGCGCCGCCGCCGCCGUUACCACCCCGAUGUCGUCCUACUUCGUCAACGUGGGCAGCAGUAGUAACCCCGGCGAGGGGUUUUAGCUCGAGCAACGGUGCUAGCUAGCCCUUGGCUCUCGCAACCGCGCGCGCUCGCGUCUCUAGGCGCCGCAAUGGCAACGGCAACGGCGACGGCGUGCUGGUUGUGCUAAUCUUCUGUCUAGUGCUAAAUCAAUGUCAUUAAUCGUUAUCACUAUAUGGUAAUAGCACCAGUUAACCCAAUCA